AUGAGCAACCACAAAAUAGUAGACUCCCACAUCCACCUCUUCCCCGCAACCCACCUACAAACCCUAUCCUGGCACAGUCCCUCAAACCCACUAGGCGCGCAACACAGCGUCAACGAAUACAGACACGCAACCAAAUCUUCUCCAAACCUCCGCGGCUUCAUAUUCCUCGAAACAGACCGACUAUCCUCGCUCACUGAUACAACUCCAGGCUGGAAACAUGCUCUGGACGAAGUCUCGUUCCUAACCCGCAUUGCAUGCGGCACACCCAUCGCCGACGAAGGACAUACUCCCACAGACAAGGAUCUGUGUCUGGGCAUUGUUCCGUGGGCGCCUGUUCCCGCUGGCGCGGACGCUGUGGCGCGGUACAUGGGACUUGUGCGGGAGCGGGCGGGUGAUGUUUUCGGGUUGGUAAGGGGAGUCAGAUAUCUUGUUCAGGAUAAGCCUAGUGGUACGAUGGUAGGCGGUGGAUUUGUGGAUGCGCUGAGGUGGUUGGGGAGGGAGGGGUUGGUGUUUGAUCUUGGGGUUGAUGCGAGGUCUGGGGGGCUGGGACAGUUGAGGGAGGCGGUUGAGAUGAUGGAGAGGGUUUAUGAGGGGGUGCAGGAGGCUGAGGCUGUGACUAUUGUUAUAAACCAUAUGUGUAAGCCGAAUCUUCGCUUGGCGAAUGUGCGCUCACAACCUGAGUUCCUGGAAUGGAAGGACCUUAUUACGAAAAUGGCUCGGGUUCCGAAGACUUAUAUGAAGCUUUCUGGGGCGUUUUCGGAACUUCCGCAGCUGGAAACCCAGUCGGGGCUGGAUAUCAUGACGAUAGUUGAGUGUGUUCAGCCGUGGACUGAUGCUGUUUUUGAUGCUUUUGGGGCCGAGCGUGUUAUGUUUGGGUCAGAUUGGCCUGUAUGCAAUGUUGGGGGAGGUGGGAAUGAUGUCUCGUGGGGAAGAUGGCAGUCUAUCGUGGAGCAAGUUUUAGAGCAGAGAGGACUGUCUGAGGAGCAGAAGGGAGGCAUUUGGGGAACUGUUGCUUUACGUGCGUAUGGAAUUGGGGUUUAG